UGUACGUAGUGGGGAUCGUUUUACUAACCGGAAGUGUUUUGAAGUGCUCUGAAAUAUCGUAGAUAAUCAGCGAUUUUAAACGGGUUUAAUUCUGAUUCUCCGAGUUAUACGUGUUACUGAUGUAUUCAAGGAAGUAUGUCGAAAGAGUUGUUGUUGAACCUCGAGGAUCCAUCGAGCCUUCAGACUCCGACAGUGAUGAGUAACGACCCAGGGAGCAUGCGUAUCGAUGAGGAUGGAGAGUGGGAUAUCAGUUUGUUUGAUGAGUUGGAUGGCCUGGGAGAUGCUGAGGAGUUGCUACAGGCUCUCGAGAAUGCUGGCUAUAUGGGGAGUGCUGCUGGUCUGAACUUGGACAUGGAUCUCUCUGAGUGGGAAGACACUAGCAGCAUGUGUACAGAUGGAGAUAUUUCAGCAGACUCCCUCUCUCCAAGCCACUCGCACACUUCAGUCUCUUCACCCAUAUCGACAGUGGCCCAUUCACCCUACUCUGAUGAAGCUCUGUCUCCACUCUCUCUCCAGUCUCUGCCCUCUCCACAAUCUGUCUGCUCAGACUCCAGCAGCUCUGUUGAUCUACCUCCUGAGAAGAAGCCAGUCAGGAAGACCAAUCAGACAAAAGUGAAACCUGUCUCAAGGCCCAUUCAUCUGAGCCCUAAAGUCUCCAUUCAGCCUAAACCACUCAUCACAGCACUUCCCAUUGCUCGGGCUGCAGCUGCCCUGCAGACCAAAACCAUCAUCAUCCAGCCAGUGCAGACUACUAUAGUGCCAGUGGUUAAACCUGCACCGGUCACUAUUCAGCCAGCUCCCCCUGCAGGUCAUCCCACCUUGCUCUCUCAGCCCACUCAGGUUCUGCAGCUGCAGCCUCCACAGGUUCCAGCAGGUACCCAGGUGCUCACUCUGCCCAGCCUGGCACAGGACAGGCCUACAAACCUCACCACCCCUGCUGCCCCACCGCCUGCCAUAGGCAUCCCAUUCCGGAACCCUCCAUCAGAUGAGGAUUCCAGCGUGUCACGACGGCAGCAGCGGAUGAUCAAGAACAGAGAGUCUGCAUCUCUGUCGCGGAAGAAGAAGAAAGAGUACUUGUUGACCUUGGAGGCCCGUCUGAAGGUUGCACUGUCUGAGAACGAGAAGCUGAAAAAUGAAAAUGGGACACUGAAAAGGCAACUGGAGGGUCUGAUGAAUGAAAACACCAUUUUGAAGGCAACUGCUCCAAAGAGACGGGCUGUGUGUCUCAUGGUGGUCCUGGUUUUCUUGGCCAUCAACAUUGCACCAAUGAGUCUUUUUGAGGGAGAUGGAGGCUCCAAGUUUGCACCAGCCCCUGGUGCCAGUAGCAGACAUCUGUUAGGCAUCUCAUCAGAAGUCAGCAGCGACUUGGGGGCCAGCAGACAUGAUUCUCUGUCUUCUCAUACUGGAAAUGAGUUGGAGGGCUUGGAAUCAAUGCCGGAGAAGGCGGCUCUCAUGGUGGUUAAAAAGGAUCCUCUGUUCCUCAGAACUCCUCCCUGCCAGCCUCUUCUAAACAGGACCAAGUGCAUAAAGAUGGCCAGUGAGCUGAGAGGAUGGUUCCACCGCCAUGAAGCAGAGCGCACUAAGAACCAGCGCAACAGCAGCACCCAUUCCAGAGCUAGAACAAUCACGAAAAUGGCCAAGAAGAAGGCAGAAGUGGCACAGAUCAUGACCGUACAGUACACAGACUCUUCUGACAAGCAUCCAAGCAACGAGCUGCAGGUUUACUACGCCCCUCACCGCACUUACAGCAAUUUCUUUGAUGAAAUCAACCGAAGAGGAGACACUUUCUAUGUGAUCUCUUUCCGCAGAGAUCACCUUCUUCUUCCUGCCACCAACCACAACAGAGGAAGCAGACCAAAGAUGUCAGUUGUGCUCCCAGCAAUGAACAUCAAUGACAGCGUGAUAAAGGACAAGGAGUUUGAGGUGAUGAUGCAGAUUGACUGUGAGGUCAUGGACACCAGGAUCCUUCACAUCAAGUCCUCCAGUAUCCCACCAAUCCUGCGGGUCAAUGAAACUGAUGCUGGCUCAUUCUACCACUCUGCCACUACCACCAAUCAUGCUUCUCCCUCUGUUGGAGUCCUCAUGGGCUCUGCUUGACUCCAGAUGUUAAAAGAUAUCAGAAGAGCGGGGUUUUUUUGUUAUCCCUUUUUGUUGGGCACAUUUUAUCUCUGUCAGAAAUUGGAGUAGAAUUUUUGAAAACCAGUUUGAUUGAAAAACAAGUCAGAAUGCAAUACAGGUGGUGUUCUUCAGGGUUCAUUACUUGUAUUGAACCCUGAGGAACACCCCACACACACGCUUCACUUGCACCAUAAAAUCCUUAAGCUCUAUCUGUUAAAGCUCUCAGGAAACAAUGUAUAGUUUAUGUUCAAUCUACUCUGAUUUGAAUUCUUAGAGGGUUUUGUGUGUGUGUGUGUGUGUGUGUGUGUGUGUGUGUGUGUGUGUGUGUGUGUGUGUGGCUUAUACUGAAUUUGUGCUUUUGUUUGCACUUUGUAUUGUGAAUGUUAUAGGAGUGUGCUAAUGAAGCUUUAUUACUAAUUUUAUUAUUACUUGGCACAUAUACAAGGCUCCUUUUCAUAUUUGUUUAUGACUAAAAAUAGUAAUAAAUAUUGUAAUUAUUACAAUAAAGGGAAAAUAUUUUAAUUUCUAUUCAAAUAACAAAGCAAAAACUGGUUCAAAUUGGAAGAUGGUCUGUGAGUGAAACUGCUUAUUCAUGACUUUAAGUGAUUGUUGAACAAUUGACACUUUUUUUUAUUUUCAAAUGUCACAAUGAAGCAACAUUUUAAAACAAA